CUCUCUAUCAAUUAAUUGUUGUUAAUUAAGAGUCCUGAUUAUUGCACAAAGCUCCACAUCCAUCUCUCAUCAACCAUAAAUCUUCUCUCCUGAUUUCCACCCAACAUAAACCGCAAAACUUUUACAAUCUUUCUUCUUUCCCCUCAAACAAAUUAAAUCCAAUCUUUCUCCCUUUUCUACACCUGAUUUCUUGUGUAGAAAUUAAGAGACGUAAUCAUCAUGGGAUUUAAGGCUUUGUUCAAGAGGAAGAAGAAACAGCGGGACGGCAACGGCGACACCUCGCCCACGACGGCGCCCGUCCAGGCCCCCAUGAUUAACUCGAGAUCCUCGUCUCUAAACGGGCGCAGCCGUCUGGAAGAGGAGCUGGAACAGGUUUUCAAGAAAUUCGACGUCAAUGGAGACGGGAAGAUCUCCGCGUCCGAGCUGGGGUCGAUCUUGGGUAGCGUCGGCCAGCCGGCCACGGAGGAGGAGCUCAGAAUUAUGAUCCAGGAGGUGGAUGCCGACGGGGACGGGUUCAUCGACCUCCAGGAAUUCAUCGCGCUGAAUACCACCGACGUGGGACACGAGGAGGUGAUGGAGAAUCUCAAGGACGCUUUCAAGGUCUUCGACAUCGACAAGAAUGGAUACAUAACCGCCGAGGAAUUGCAGGACGUGCUCCAGUCCCUCGGCGAGGAAUGCACAUUGGCUGAGUGCGAGAAGAUGAUCAGUGGGGUGGACUCCGAUGGGAGCGGGACCAUCAAUUUCGAUGAGUUUAAGGUCAUGAUGACGAAGGGAUUCCGAUUCGAUACGACGGAGCCGGCCAUCUGAGAUUCAUCGUACGUAUAUAUGGAUCAACCCCUCCGAUCGAUUGCACAGCAUUAUUCAUUCCUCGCAAUCUGCAUAUAUUUCUCGUUUUGGUUGUGUUGUGUUCAUAUUUGUUUCUGUCAGGACGUUGAGUUAUUAUUUUUUUUUUUUUCUUUUUCGUUCUCCAUUCAGCUGUUUAAUUUAAUCUUGUGGGACAAAAAAAAGUAUUGUGUUUUUUUUUUCUUUCAAUAUCACUGUCUUUAUUGGUUGAAUUUGUUUGUGUUUUGUUAAUUGAUAAGGCGUUUCUUCUGCACCUCAUGGUAAUUUUAUUUAAGGAGUUGGGUUUACAAUUAUUUUCAUAUUUGAUAAAUUUCGGCACAAAUUAGAUUUGGUCGAACCCGACCAGUGAUACAGUAAGUCGAUAUAUUCAUCAUGCGAUCAGUCA